AUAGGAGCAGGAGUUCGGGUGUGGCGUCGUGUGUUGUUGCAGCACCCCGACCUCGACCGAAGGGUUUCCCAGUAGUGCCUUAGUCACUGGUCUCGAGGGGACGUUACGAAUCCCUCCAGGUUAUAUCCCUCCUACGAAUCCCCACCCGUUUUCAGCCGGGUUGAGGGCCGAGGUUCGAGUCGUUCGUCCGUCUGUCCCGUCGUCAGUCGUCGUCAGUCGUCGUCAGUUUGUCGGUCGAGGUGGAGGCUGUAAGGACCCAGCUCCUCCCAGGACGGCGCCGUUCUCGCUGGACCCAGCCUCAUUGCUACCCCAGCGUAUGGUGAAACAAUUUUUGAUAAGUGCGGCUCAUCAUGGACCAGCUUCCGGACGACGUUCUGGUGAGGGUGAUGUCGCUGUUGAGCGAGGUGGCCGUCCUGGCCUGCCGCCUCGUGUGCAAGAGGUUCGGUGGCCUGGCCCUGCACCCGGACGUCUGGCGGCACCGGCGCGCUUCCUUCGGCCACGGAAACAUAUGCCAGUGCGCCGUGCUGCGCCUGGCGCCGUGCUUGCGCGAGCUCGUGGUCGACAACUGGCACAAACAACGACCCUCGGACGGGCCCCGCCUCACUCUGUUCGUCGCCACGUGCGCCGUGAGGGAGCUGUCCUUGUAUGUGGGUGCCAAAGAAGUCCAGCCUGCUGCCAGGCUCAUCAGACAGCAGCAGGUGGCCGGCCGGCUGAGGGCCGUGAGCGUGAGCUUCAGGAGUGCCAGGAAUAAGGACGCAGCUGCAGCAGACGACGCGCUCAGCUUGCUGCUCAUGUCGCUGGCCUCGACGUCUGGCGUGAAGAUUAGUCUUAGCGUAGACGUGGAGGGCAACCUGCCAAAGUCGUCCCGCCUCGUCGAGGACGGCACCGUCGUACCGACCCUGAGGAAGUUAUCUUGCCACCUCCGCCAGGCGACGGAGCACUUCCUCGAGAGCGUGCUGGCCCGGCACGCCACCACCCUGGAGGACGUGGACUUGGUCCCCAUCCCCGACUCGUUCUACACUCCCGCCCCCGCCGCCUCGCCGGCGCGCCUGCUGGCCGGCAUGCCGAACCUGCGCAAGCUGCACUGCUGUCUGAUACCCGGCCUGGACGGCGUGGCGGCGUGCGAGUCGCUGCGGGAGCUGCGACUCACCGUCAUGUCCUCCCACAAGGGCAUCGCCGCCAACACUGCGGGGGCGGCCGAGCUGCUCCGCCGCGCCACCCAGCUACGCGACGUCCACGUGUUCGAUAAUCAAACGCACGUUCUGCACGACGUGGAGCACCAUGCGUCGAGAAACAACAGCAUCGUCGAGCUGAUUGGGGGGCUGACCUCGUGCGAAGGUUCCCAACUGGAGUCGCUGUACGUGGAGCACGAAGGGGGAGCGCUCGCCCGGUUGCAGUCGCUGCUGGAGCAAGCGCUGCCCUCGCUGCCCACUCUGCGGAGGUUCAAGGUGAACGUGGCGUCCCAACAACUGCUGUCGGUGAUCACCCCCGACACCAACCCGUCUCUGCGGAGCCUGCAGCUGUACCGGCACGAGAUCUUUGAACUCACGCGGUGGAUUUGCCCGCACGCCAUGCUGCACACCAACAGACUCAAGGACAUUCUAUCGGCGAACCCCUCGCUCCAUGUGGAGCUACAUUCCUACGUCUGCUCUGCGGGUCACCCCUGCGGGGUCUGCCGCCGACUGCCUUGCCGCCUAAGUCUCGAGAAUAAAUUGCACAAAUACAAGUACGUCGGUGUUUUCGCGCACCCCGUGGGCAAGUGUGCCUCCCCAGAAGACCAUGCGUCUGUCGGCCUCUGGUUCCAUGUCAGUGAUUUGAAACAUUACAACAGCUGCCAGUCAAGCUGUGUCUGAUGGAUCUGUCGGACCUCUUGCACUUUGACGGGCUUUGCUAACUGUCUUGUUCAAUGAUGAAUGAUGUGUGUACAUUGUUAGGUACCUGUCUGAUUUUGUGUAUCACCUAUAUUGUAAGGAGUGAGUUAAAAAGUCACAAUAAUUGCAAUCAAGUUUUCAAUAAAAUACAUUGUUGUAGUACACUUAA